UGGCGGUUGAUUGAAUUUUCAAACAAUAACGGACGACUUAUUUAUUUCAAGAUUUUUGACCGAAAGUAAAGGUUUUAUAAUAGGUAAUUUUGUUUUUGAUAGCUAAUGAACUUACGUGUUACAGUUUACAUAAUUAAUAUUAAUUGUGAUAUCCGGAUAAAAAAUCCAAUAUUGGAGCUGCUAAGGUAUUCCAAGCUCUUACAGGUCUUAUGAACUUCUCAACUUGAGCAGGUGCCAAAUAUGAACGCGAAUUUUUGUUUUUAACAACAAUGCAUUAAUAUCACCGAGCCUUGUAAUAUACAUAUGAAAAGUUGAUACCAAGUCAUAGUUUAAAAAUUGCUGAAGACUCGAAAACAAGUCUACAAAAUGCUGUCGACAUCCAUAAGCAAAGUCCAUUUGAGAGAGCUACAAAUGCUAAUAAGUAAGAUGCCCCUCCAAGACUGCUGUAUGCUAAUUACGUCGGAGUUCGGUUUGUGUUGGAGUGACAUAUCACGUGCGGUACGAAACGCCAGACUGCCGAUGACCCCAGCAAGCGUCGCUUGUGUAUUGAAGAAGUAUACUGUGAAGUCGCUCACUGGGGAUGAAAUAGCUGAUAUUGUUACACGGCUAAGACUGAAAUCUAUAGCGAUCCGUCCGAGAACUUGGCACGUGAUAAAAUUGACUGAGCAAAUAAAAGAUGAACCGAUCAAUACCUUUAUAAGACUACUGCCUUCGCGAAUUGUGGAAGCCUUGAAGAAUAGCCAAAGUGCUGUCAAUGGAAAUAAGAGGCCUCAGGUGCAAACUAUAAAACUGGGUGAUCUCAUCUUCAUAAGUAUCCAAAUGGUGUCGAACUUGAAGCAAGGUGGUGUUCUCUACGUGGCGAGCCCCCCGGGACAGGCUGUAGCGUUGGUCAGCACGUUGCAUUCCAAUUUAUUGAGGGCCUGCGUUCAAGGUCUUGGAUACAAAAAGUUCGAAGACGCAUGCCUGAAUGGUAAAGACAUACCAUCCUUGUUGCGUAUAUUUGAUAAUGGUAACAACACCGCAACAGUCACCGACAUGCCGGAGUUUGUCGCAACACCCUGUAUAGCCCGCGGCGGCAUCGACUUCACCAAUUCUCAAGCAACAAAGAAUUAUUUGUCACAAAUGUUUGGACCAGCGCCGCCAAUAUUGGACACGUUGACUGUCAAAUCUGAGACAGAUUUUUUUGACUCUGCGAUAUUGAACAAGAGAAUGAAGGUGAUACUACAAAUCAAAAGCGAGAACACGUUUAGUACACUGCAGAAAUGGGCAGAAAUUGCUGCCAUAUCGCCUACUUCCGAACUGUUUCAAGUUUUCCAUACGAUAAAAUCCAACCAAAUACAAAUUUCCAACGACGAGGAUGACGAAUAAGGGAAUUUUAAAUCCAGUCGAAGUCAAAUUAUAAAAAUAUAAAUUAUAAAAAUAUUUGCGAGAUGAGAAAAAGGCUGGAUAGAAGUAGGCGUUUCAUUGCGGAAUUCCAGAAUAUGUUAUGGAAACUAAGCUUAAUUUCUCCGCGAAAAGCAGGAGAAUCUGUAGGGUGUGAUUUCUUUUCUUUUUCUUCUUUGGAUGGAAACUUGCCGAUAACCACCUGAGGGGUUGCUACGGCGUCACCGAGGGAGUGGGGCGAGCGCGAGAGCUCGCCAUGAGAAGAGCCCCAGGGCUCGACGACGGGAGGAAGGUGGGAGACAUCGACCCGAGGGUGCCUCCUGCGAGGUCUCUGACCUCGGCUCGGUUCGACGUUAAUCGGUUUUAUAAUUUCUUCAAUUUUUAUACGCACGUUCCGCUCCGAAACCGGAGCAUCCUCAGAUGUUGACUUUACAAUGAAUAAUUGUUAACGUUGUGUUACACCUAAUUAACAAAUUACACCAUACAGAUUCUCCUGCUUUUAGCGGAAAAAAAACGUUAUUGUUGAGUAUUUAUAAAAGAUAUAAAAUAUAAUUUUGGAUAUAUUUUAAGACAGGUAAGAAACUAUGAUUAAAAUUUUCCAAUCUUAAUAUGAUACGAAAACGGCUAAACCGGCGGUGGUUUAGCCGUUUUUGUUUUCGUCAGUAAGGUUAGGUAAGGUAAGGUCUUCCUCGAGUAGGGAUGUGGAAGGUAGGCAGUAACUAGGAGAGCACGUGAAGCAGUCCCGGUUAUCACGACCAACAUGUGAUGAUAAUCGUUAGAGCCCGCCAUCCCGCUCCAGAGCAGCCUGGUGUGCCAAAGCUCAUAUCUUGUCCCGAAUGAGAUUUAGUGUAUAUAUAUAAUGUUAGAAGUUGAAACAUAAACUAGGGUUUAAGAAAGUGUUAAAUAUAACAAAUAAUUCCUACUUAUUUUUAAAUUAUGGCUGACAAAUAAAUUAUAACCGAAUUGCAUUCAGCAUUAACAUAAUAAAGGACUUAUUUGAUAAAUUUAAUUAUACCAACGGACUGUUUUAAUUAUGUAAAUACUUUGCUAAUUUU